UCAAUACUCAAACACCUUCCCCAAACUGAGGCUCACUGCAAUGAACAUCCUGAUUGUUAUCGCCAUUCCCUGCUGCUACAUGGCCUCUUUCGUCCGCAGCGCGCCUCUCCCGGAGCUCCCGGGCGUAAACAGGACACUUGUUGAGGAUCCGGGAUUUCAGGAGCUUGUAGAGAGGAGCCACAGUUUGAUCCAGAAGGUUUUGCUCUCCAUUCCCGAGGCGCACAAAUCCUGCAUUCACACUGAGACUCUGCAGCUCAACUCAGCAGAAAAUGCAAAGCUCGUGGUUAUGGCUGCCAACAUUGGCAUCCCCUCUGCUCCUGUGCUCAAAGUCGUAUCAGACAACUUCACUUUGGAGACCUGUCUGAGCCGGAUGUCUGAGGGCAUCCAGCUGCACCGGGCUUUACUGAGUGCUGUCUUACCUCGGCUGGACAAGAAAGACAGAGUGAAUGAACUUCUUGCUGACACCCGAGACCUUCUUGUUCAGAUCCAUAAGAUGCAGAAAAUGGUCCAAGGUGAGUCUGCGGUUCAGCCCACGCCCCCUGCCUUGAAUCUACGUCUCCCAGGAGAAUAUGAAGUGCAGGUGGCCACACACCUCACCCUGGUGCAGCUGCAGUCGUUCGGGCAGGACAUGGUCCGCAGCCUGAGGAGUUUACAGCAGAGCAGUGAAGAGGAGACAGAGAGCUGACCUGCCACUGCCACAUCCAGCUUGCUUUUGGCUCAUGCCUAAAGCGUAUCACAUGUUGCCAUUUUUUGUCAUGGCCGUUAUUUAUUUCUAUUUUAAAUAAUUUAUUGUUUUAAUCUAUUUAUAUCUAUGUAUUUAUUUAUUAUUAAGGUAUUUUAUUUUGUUGACAACUUGAGCUUGGUAGGGCAGUUUAAGCCACUUCCUCUAAUGUUUUGACACACUGUCUUCUUUGUUCAAAGUGCAGUUUUUUACAGGCCUUCAUCACAGUUACAUCUCAAAGAGCUUUACAAUGCCCACCUUGUUAAACAAUAAAUGUAAAUGACAACUUCUCCUAACCUUACACGUUUAGUGUGAACAAGAAAAAACUAGAAUAUAUGGGGAAAGAAAGACUUGGAAAGGGCCUCACAGACAGAUUCCCCUUCCAGGACGUGUGUAGUGGAUUACAUUGAUUCAGCUACUUAUAUCUUGCAAUAUGAUUUAAUAACAAGAGUGUACGGCGUAUUCGAAAAUUUGAUGUAGGGACAGAUGAGCUUUUACAGGCCUUACUUUUCAGUGCCCUUUUACUGCCUUAGUCUGGCGUGGACUUUGUAAGCUUUAUAAACAAUUAACACUGAUCAAACUGUGCCAACUGGGUGUGAGGAGGGAUUAUAUAAAGUACUAGACACUGAUACAACUAGCCGUUUUUGUUCUGUCAUUUUAAAAAAAGAGAUAACUAAUAUUUUUAUAUGGAUUGUUUACA